AUGACAUCGAUCCAAGAUGAAGAUAUGUACUUGUUUGGGGGCUCGUUGAGUCAAGCGCCAGGCUUUGCAGGUCAGGAUUUUGAUGCGUUUCUGGACACCCCGGCUCCUGAUGGCGACGCUUCCACGGCUACGGCGGGCUACCUCAAUCCCAACGAUUUGUCCAUCAAACGCGAGUUGACUGACUACAGUCCUCGUCCAGAUAGUGCUUCUUUUGCAAGGUCACCUCGAGACUCGGCCUCUGGUUCCAGCACUUCCUCUUCCGAAUCACCUUCGGAUCAAAAGCGCAACAUGUCAGCGAAUUCAACAGCAUCUCCCCCAGCAGGAGAAACUGCACAAAGUGUUUGGUCAAGUGGCAUCAACGGGUUCUCGAUCUCAUCAAAUGAGCAAAUGUUCGAGGACGCGCCUAUGGUGGGUAUGGAUCAGGAUUUCGACACGACUAACCAGGAAAUGGACUCGGCAUUCGACUUCGAGACCGCUGCGAGCACUCCGAGCGGAUUUGACGCCAUGAGCGACAACCCUAUGAAGCGCGCCGUGGUUGCCCAGCCCUUCAACAGACAGGGCAAUUUCGCGCCUUACGCUAAACAGAAAUCUGCUGCUCCCUUCCCCGCGAACGGACAAGCUCAAUUCUUCUUCCCUGGCUCCAGAGAAGAAUCGCCGUUGAAUGCGAUGCUCCCUUCUGCGCAAGGCCAGUCUCCGUGGAGUAAGCAUUCGCCAUCCUCUGGACUAGAAGAGACAUUCAAUCAUAUCACCAUGAACGGCGAUUCUCCGGGGAAUGCGACUUUCUCCCCAAACGUCCAGUUCUCGAGCGCCGCAUUUACUUUUGAUCCAGAGUCUAGUGCGACUCCAUCUACGUUCACUAAAGACAUCUCGUCCCCGCCAUCCACAAUCACUUCUGCUGAAGGUGCCCAGAUUUUGACGGUGCAACCAACUUCCUUGAAGUCUCGAGUUGAGACUCAGAUUCCCAUCAAAUUGACUCUUGCUGCACUUCCUCACGGAGCUAAGAAGUUGAGGCUCCCGAGGUAUACGGUGUCGAAACCCAAGUUCCUGGCCAAACCGGAAGCGCACCGCGCCCCAGAGGUUUUGGAACUUCACACGUCCCUGGUUUGCACAAGCGCCAUGCAAGAUCCUGUCAAGUUGCAAAGGGCCUGGGCACGUGCACGAGGAGAAGAUACAGCACCAUAUACUCGCCCCAGUCCAGCCUCCUCGUCCGAAUCUUCCACCUCGAAAGACGAUGAAGAUAGGCCGUUGAACGGCGGAGAAGUACGCAUCUGUCCAGGAUGCAUACAGCGUGAGAGAAAACGAGCCUCCAGGAAGAAGCAGAAGAAACCAGAAGAGGAAGAGAUGUUUAAACAAGACGAGGAAAGAAGGGUGGUGGUUUUCAAUACGAACGAGAUCAAAGAAUGGACUGAAGUGCCUCACGAGGCCCAAGCGGAGUCUGCACGCAACGCUACGCCGCCUAGUGCAAUGCAAGUCGAUCUUCCCAUGCGCAUUGCGUGUUAUUGUCGGCAUCAGAAUGAAAAGCUGGGUUUCCAAGUGAUCUUCACGAUCAAGGAUUGGAAAGACAAGGUCAUUGCUCAGGCUAUGACCAAUUCUAUCAUGAUCACUGACGACCACAAAACCCACACUGCGCCUCCUACCGCAUCGAAUCUUCCUGUGCCUGCGCCGACUACGACGCCCCAGGUACCAGGUGCUGGUGUCUUCUCCACCGGAGGCCCAGAGCAAAGCCAGCCAGCGGUUGUGAACCCUAAAUCAUUCAAGCAAUCCUUUUCAACGACGGACCUGCAGGGACUACAAAAUAACUUCAAUCCCAGCUUCCCAAUGGCACCGGCGGCAAAUCCGUUUGCUAUUCCAUCUACCAUGUCAAACCACACCGCAAGCACUAUGGCUGCGCGAAAUCUUUCUAGGCCUGCAUCUCCCACUGGACCUACUGGCCCGACGACUAAGAGGAGGAAACAAAGCGGCUCUGGGAAAGUGCCAUCGGGUCUUACAAUGACACGCCUGGAUACCACUCAACAAAUGGCGCAUGGGCCUUCGACCAUGCCCAAUACUGCCGCUUCCUCUCCAUUUGCGCCCAACAUGCCAUCAUACAUGGGCCCUCAUGAUCGUCCAUAUGCAUUGCCUCCGUCACGCUCUGGACCAUAUGGAACCAGUCCGCCUACCCCAAGUGGCAACGACCCUACAUUUGGUUCCAGCAUCAAUCGCUCUUUCAGUCUAGAAAAUAUCCCUCGCCAAGCAAUGAUGUCUGCGCCACCCUCUCGUCAGCCAAGCCGACCUGGUAGCCCAGGGUCCGCAAGAAAUAGUUUCGGCGCCUCUGAUGCUGCAUUUGGGCAAGCAGUCAACAACCAACUCAUGCAGCAUCCAGCUCGGCGUCCACCUCCCCUUAUUCACAAAUUGGUGCCUGCCGAAGGCUCUGUUACAGGCGGCACUGAGGUGACUCUACUCGGAAAUGGGUUUUACCAGGGUCUUGAAGUCAUGUUUGGAGACACUGAAGCGACCACGACCACAUUUUGGGGAGAGAAGUGCCUGAACUGCAUUGCGCCACCUGCCCUUCAGCCUGGCGUCGUGGCUGUUGUCUUCAAGCAUGAUCAUCCCCAAUAUUCUACGAUGCAGCCACAGUCUCAAACUCGACCUUCUCUAUUCACUUAUGUCGAUGAUCGAGAAUUGGAAAUGUUCCGUCUUGCCUUGAGGACUCUCGGAAAGCAGCUGCAGCAUCCGACCGAUGACCCGUACUCAGCCGCUCAGCAGCUCUUACAAGGACAAUCACAUUCGAUGUGGCCAUCUCACGGUGCCUACGGCAUGAAUGGAGGACACCAGCGCAGCGCUGGCUAUUCCAACGGCGCCCCGCUUGAUACGCUUGAAUUGGAGGCCACCAUGCUCAAUGUACUGGAACGAAUGGAUGACCAGAGGCAUGUCAAGGAGCCAAGGUUCGAUCUUCGCCGACCCUCUGGCCUCACCUUGCUCCAUCUGGCGUCAUCGCUGGGGUUGACUCGCUUCGUGGCCGGCCUGUUGUCUAGAGGGGCUGAUCCGAACUUGGUCGACAAUAAUGGCCAUACACCCAUGCAUCAUGCCGCCAUGAACGGACACACGCAUGUCAUUCACCGACUCCGGCUAGCUGGUGGCAACCACAAGGCGAGAAGCCUCCGCCAAUUUACUCCCGCCGACCUAGCGACCUCACUGCUCGCAUAUCAAGCCACUAUGAAUCCGGUGGCUCAUUACCGUUCUCGCAGUACUGGGGGAACUCCUAUGCGGCUACAUAGCAGAAGCUCAUCUUCCCUCAGGUCAUUCUGGGAUACAGCCUCAGAUCAGUAUACGGUCACUGACUCGGACGAUUCGGACGAUAGCGAAAACGAAGAAGAAACGCCCACAGGAUUGCAUAGUGGUGAUCUCGAAAUGCCACUGCCACUCACUCGUCCGAUCAGCAGGGCUGUGGCAAGCAUGCAACAUUCGCGGAGGAACAGUGCACAGCAUAUUACAGCUCAGCCGUCUCUUAUUCCACCAACGGAUGGUGCCAGUGAGGCGCCUGCAACGGCACCUUCAGCUUAUAUGUUAGCAUGGCGUGAUCAUCUCGUCGCGCAGUUGCACCAAUUCAAUGAGAGCGCUCAGUCAGUAAUGCCCAACCUUGGUAACCUCAAUGGGCCACUAGCAGCCUUGCAGGACUAUCGAGAACCAAUGGUUCGCCGGGUGAGCUCUCUCUUCCCACAACGGCCGAGCUCGAGACAGCAGGCCACCCCACGAGAGGGCUGGUGGGAGACAUUGACCGGCACCUCAUCUUCUGCACCGUCUCCGCCUCCUGCUUACGGAGACCUAUACCCAGAGAAUGAGGGUAGCAGUGAGGAUUGGGCUCUGAAAAAGUCUUCUGCGCUUCAAGCGGCCACAGAUGCAGCAGCAGAUAUCCACUUUGAGAGGCAUUCGGAUGACCAACAUGCCGCCAGUUCAUCAUCGGCGAAGCCUGGUCGUUUAGACCUGAUACAGGAAGUGGAAAGGGUCGCGCUGAGUCGUGACAGAAAAUUGUUCUUCUUUUGGAUUCCGUUCGCUUUGAUUGUACUAGCAUUAAUGAUCAGAAGCUCGGGAAUAUUGAGCAUAUUUCAACACUCGACCGAUAUGCGUCCGACAGUGCAAGGGCAAGUGGUCGAGGUAUUAUGA